GCGACCAGCCACAGCUGCAGGGACACGUUCCGAGUCAGAGAGAGAGAAAAUGUAUUGCCUGAGUGGAGUUUUCCUGUUGGUUAUCGCGAUUCCAGGUGCCCUGGGAUCGGUGGAGGUGUCUAUGCCCAAACACGUGGAUGCUGAGGUGGGCCACCCCGUCAGGAUCCCCUGCAGCCACACCGUCUCUGGGACCAGCUCCGAGAUCAUGGUGGAAUGGUUCAUCGUGAAUAAACACAGAGAGCGGCAGAGAAUCGCCUACAAAGAUGAGACAAACAGCGUUACUGACCCUGAUACACCCUACGCCAAGCGAGUGUCCAUGGAUGGUGACUACAGCCUUCUGAUCAACAAGGUCGAGGUGAUGGACGAGAGACCCUUCUUCUGCCAGGUCAUUGCUGGAGCGUCUGGGAGCCAGGAAGGGAAGACCCAGCUCAAGGUCUACGAUACUCCGCAAGAGCCCGAAGUUGAAUCCAACCCAGCCACACUGUCGGUGAACGAGCAGCAUCCCUCCGAGAUUGGUUCAUGUGCCAGUCGGAACGGCUACCCAGCGCCUACCAUUGUCUGGUACAAAGAUGGCGUCAUGCUGCAGUCAGUUACAACUCACAAUCCAGAGAUGUACAUGAUCCCCCGCAUCGUGAAGGAGGCCAGUGGUCUGUUCACUGUCACUAACCGUCUCUACAUGAAGCUGUCUAAGGCUGACAAGGAUUCGGUUUAUCGGUGCCGCGUUCUCUAUCAGACUCUGAACAAUCAGACGCAGACAUUGGACUCCGAAACAUUCCAAGUCACCUUACACUACAACACGGAACACGUGACCUUUAACCUCACCUCCGACUCCGUGAUCCGGGAGGGAGACAAUGUCACCCUGAGGUGUUUUGCCGAUGGAUUCCCACAGCCGGAGUACGCCUACUACAGGAUGGAGAAUGAUGAGGAAACUGACUUGGCUAACAGCAAAAAUGGCCUCUUCACCCUGGCCAACGUGAGGAAGGACGACUCUGGCACCUACGUGUGUGAGGCCCUGGAUUUCGACGCCCCCGACGACGUCGUUCUGAAGAAGCAGCUCAAUGUGGUGGUCAACUAUAUCGACCCCCCGGUGCUCAGUCUGCAAGGUCCCAUCAUCCUCCCCAAGGGCAAGGACGUCCAGAUCUCCUGCACCGCCCAUGGAUCGGUGACCCCGAAGGUCAUUUGGAAAAAGGGAAAGGCGACAGUUUCUGAUUCGGGGAACCUCACCCUGGAGGGAGUCAGCUACCAUUCGGCAGGGAGUUACGUGUGUGAAGCCAAAGCACCAGCGAUCCGGGGGCUGAAACGGAGCCAGAGCAUCGAGGUGCACGUGCAGGGGGAGCCAGAGGUGCAGUCAAACUCACGAAGCCUCACGGUCCAACAGGAAGGUGUGAAGGUGACGUUGACGUGCACAGCGCUGGGUUACCCCAGAGCCAACAUCACCUGGAAUAUCAGCAAGAGGCCCGUGGUGACCCCCACUGACAACGCCGUGAUCAGUCAGGUGUCCUUCCCGGUCACCAAGAGGUUGGCUCAGGAUGGAGUCACGUGUAACGCCACCAACAAAUACGGUUCCGCACUGAGGCACUUCCAGUUGGCGAUCGUUAAACCCACAACAGUGCCACCACUGACGUCAGGAGGGGGCCGUGGGUCUCACGGCAGUGGGGGGGCCGCGAUAAUCGCGGUGGUGGUCUGCAUCCUCCUGCUCCUGCUGGUGGUCGCCAUCUUGUACUGCCUACACAGGAAGGGCAAGCUCACGUGCGGAAAAUCAGAGAAAAAGGACACAAUGAAACUGGGAUCCGAGGAUCAGUGCCUCAGGGAGAAGACGGACAAUUGAGGAUGAAGAUGACAAGAUGGAGGGAUGGUGGAGGAGACCCUGAGUUGGCUGAGGCCCUUGUGAAAAGUCAGCCCCAGCACACCGACCGCAGAACACCAAACCUGCAACGUCCUCCCUCAUUCUCUCAAACAGAUAUAAUAUAAAACGACUGAUUUGAGUUGGCGCUCGUUAUAACAAACACCAGCACCCUGCUGUCCCCAAAAGCAUCUCUCUCCCAGCUCCAGUGACCUUCGGACGAUCAAAGAAGCCGAGAGAAGGACUCAUUCCCGGUUUCUCUGCACCACCCAGUAUGCCCCCAGGGGUGAGAGGGAGCACUCGCAACCUUUGACCUCUCCCGCCAAGCAGUUUGUGUGAGGAACGGUGACCCCUCACCCCCCCCUCGUUCUCGCGCGUCCCCACACAGGCCGGGCUGGAGCUGGACAUGAGCCCAGUCUGUGUUCUGCGAGUCCACACUCCCGACCCCCCCCCUCUCAAAACAUUGGCAGCAGACGUUAACCCAGGCCUGAGGACAGAUAUCGCACCCAUCCAGCAAACCGUACCCCCACCCCCCUGGGAUGGGGACGGGGCAAGCUGCUCUUUCUGGGACAUUAAACCUUGAAUUGUUCAUUUUGACCCUAAGGGUAGGACUAUCCAACUCUCCCCAUGCUGUCCCUGACCCUGGGAGUGUUUGAUGGGGACAGUGUAGAGGGAGUUUUACUCUGUAUCUAACCCCGUGCUGUCCCUGCCCCUGGGAGUGUUUGAUGGGGGGACAGUGUAGAGGGAGCUUUACUCUGUAUCUAACCCCGUGCUGUCCCUGACCCUGGGAGUGUUUGAUGGGGGGGACAGUGUAGAGGGAGCUUUACUCUGUAUCUAACCCCGUGCUGUCCCUGUCCCUGGGAGUGUUUGAUGGGGGGACAGUGUAGAGGGAGCUUUACUCUGUAUCUAACCCCGUGCUGUCCCUGUCCCUGGGAGUGUUUGAUGGGGACAGUGUAGAGGGAGCUUUACUCUGUAUCUAACCCCGUGCUGUCCCUGUCCCUGGGAGUGUUUGAUGGGGGACAGUGUAGAGGGAGCUUUACUCUGUAUCUAACCCCCUGCUGUCCCUGUCCCUGGAAGUGUUUGAUGGGGGACAGUGUAGAGGGAGCUUUACUCUGUAUCUAACCCCGUGCUCUCCCUGUCCCUGGGAGUGUUUGAUGGGAGACAGUGUAGAGGGAGCUUUACUCUGUAUCUAACCCCGUGCUGUCCCUGUCCCUGGGAGUGUUUGAUGGGGGACGGUGUAGAGGGAGCUUUACUCUGUAUCUAACCCUGUGCUGUCCCUGUCCCUGGGAGUGUUUGAUGGGGGGACAGUGUAGAGGGAGCUUUACUCUGUAUCUAACCCCGUGCUCUCCCUGUCCCUAGGAGUGUUUGAUGGGGGACAGUGUAGAGGGAGCUUUACUCUGCAUCUACCCCCUGUCCCUGGGAGGGGAUUGUUGGGGGGACAGUGUAGAGGGAGCUUUACUCUGCAUCUAACCCCUGUCCCUGGGAGGGGAUUGAUGGGGCAAUGUUCUGGUUUGAAUUCUGCUGCCAAACAUCAGGCGCUGGGAUUAGGAGCGAGAUCAAGUCCAUUCGGCCCUCUGAAGAUGAUAGCUCCCUGUUGCGACAGGAUUGGUGCAGGUGUUUGCGAUAACGCGUGACUUGUGCUUGAUUCAAGAGUUUUCGUUUCUUCGUGUUUAUUCGUAACGCUACGUCGGGGGUGGGGGGGAUAUUAGGGAGGAGAUCCCGCCCCCUGGCGCCUUCCCCCCCACCAAUGAGGAAUUGGAUUGUGUUUCUAUCGCGUUUAAUCUGUCGUGUGAUCGAGGGAUCCGAACCCUCGCUUACGUUCCCGGAACCGUGCUCAUCCGUCCUGCCUCUGGUGAGUCGUCUGGAUCUAGGUGGAUCUCCCACGUGACUGUCCGCCAUUCCGUCCAUCUUGUCCGUCCUCUCCCUCGCAAUUGCCCGGAUCCUGCCUCCGAUUGGCUCUUGAGGGAGCCAAUGGCUUCCAUUUAAGCUGCCGUCCCGCUACAUUUUUUUUACACAAAACGUUUCGUUUAUGCUGUUGUUCCCCCACCCCCCAAACACCCAACCCCCACACUCUCCACCCCUCCACCCUCACCCCUCCCCCGCCCCACCGCUCAACCCCAGCCUCGUCCAGCACCCGCUCAGGUCAGGUGGCCUCCGAACUGCUUUGCAUUCUGGGAGGUGGAGCUGCGCACAAAAUCUGGUGGAGUUUUGUGGGGGCAGGGGGGUGUGGGGGAUGCUAGCGACCUGCCCGAACGGCCUCAUCUUCCCUCUAUUCCGCACCCCACCAAAAGGGCAUGAAGGGGAGCGGUGUGCGUUCAGUGAGGUUUCCACAGCUCGGCCAGAGGCGGCCAUUUUGUUUCAGUUCCCUGCUGCUAGCGGGUGAGUCAGUUGGGGGUGGAGUGGGUGUUUCUGACUCCUUUCUCCCCACCUCCCUGGAGAAAACAAACAGUCUAACUGAUGGGGGAGGUGGGGUGGGGGGGCGGGGUCUAUCGAUCUUCAGUCAGUUCCUCCCCCGCCCAUGUCUAUUGAGGGCCGAACUCUCGGACAGGGCGAGGGGAGGCCUGUUGCCCCGUAUGUGAGGUACUGGAGGGGAGGGAAUGUCUGAACGGAUUUGGGAACAUCCCUCACUGAGCACCGAAGCUCAGUAUGAACAUACGGGAGGUGUCUGUGCGAUCGCCCGGAGAGGAUGGCUGGGCCCGUAAAGGUGGUGCUGUACGUUCAGAAAGGUUAGGCCGGGGCCUUACACAGUCCAAGGACAAGCACAAUUGGCAGAGAUUAGGUGAUGAUCCCCUCUUGGGAUUUCCUCAGAGAGCGGGCUCCUUCUCUCUGUAAAGCCCAGCUCGCCAACAACCCCCACCCCACCCCACCCCGCGCUGCUGCCCAGAUCCUUCAUCGUUGGAGUUUCUGUUCCCCCUCAUCACCUUGCCAACAGCCCCGUGCAUUUCUGUCCCACAAUGCAUCAGUCUUCAUAUUCUCAUCCUCAUAUUUGAGUCACUCCCUAUCCUUCCCUCCAGUCCCUACACCCCCUCCCUAUCUCUGUGAAUGCCUCCAACUCCUACACCCCCUCCCUAUCUCUGUAACCUCCUCCAGCCCCUACACCCCUCCCUAUCUCUGUAACCCCCUCCAGCCCCUACACCCCCUCCCUAUCUCUGUAACCCCCUCCAGCCCCUACACCCCCUCCCUAUCUCUGUAACCCCCCUCCAGCCCCUACACCCCCUCCCUAUCUCUGUAACCUCCUCCAGCCCCUACACCCCCUCCCUAUCUCUGUAACCCCCUCCCUAUCUCUGUCACCCCCUCCCCCCCUACAUCCCCUCCCUAUCUCUGUAACCCCCUCCCUAUCUCUGUAACCCCCUCCCCCCCACACCCCCUCCCUAUCUCUGUAACCCCCUCCCUAUCUCUGUAGCCCCCUCCCUCCUGCCAGAUUAGUGUCCACCAUCCCUGAUUCCCAUUGCCCCAUUGAUCUGCCCCUCACCCCUCCCCUGGUGGCCCAGCCCCAGCUUGUGUUUCCAGAGAAACUUGUGCCAUGUCUGUCCUCCCAGGCCUGAGGCCUGCUCCCUCAUUAUUGAGAGAGAGAGAGAGAGAGGGCAAGGAAGUGAGAGAAAAAAAUAGGGAGAGGGAGAGAGUGAGAGAGAGAGAGGAUGGAUGUUGGUUUAACCUGAGGGUCUCUGUGUCUCAGGCCGGAGGGAGAGGUUGUGAAGUCAGGUCCCUCACGGUAAACUCAUGCAGUGUCGGGAAUUGAACCCAGGCUGUUGGCAUUGCCUGGCAUGGCUCCUCAGCUGUCCAGCCAACUGAUCUAACCAGCCACACCACAGAACACCGUACGGCCUGGACAGAGGGGAUGUGGGGGAGAUGUUCCCAUCGGCAGGAGAGACUGGGACCCGAGGGCACAGCCUCAGAGUCAAGGGAAGACCCUUUAGAACAGAGAUAAGGAGAGACUUCUUCAGCCAGAGGGUGGGAAUCUGUGGGGUUCACUCCCACAGAAGGCUGGGGGGGGGCCGGGUCACUGAGUAUAUUUAACACGGAGGUAGAGAGGCUCUUGUGUGUCAAAGGUCAAAGGGAGAAGGUGGAAGAAUGGGGUUGAAAAAUCCGUCAGCCAUGAUCGAAUGGUGGAGCUGAUUCGAUGGGCCGAAUGGCCUAAUGACUGCUCCAGGGUCUCACGCCGUGGGACACAGACAGAGGAGACACUGCUCUGAUCGUCAGCUCAAUAUCCCGGGAGGGGGUGGACGGAGGUCCAUGCAGGAUCUGACCAGGUCCACAGGGAGGGGCUGUUCCCUCAGGGGAAGGUGUGAGGGGUAGAUGGAGCAGAACACUGGU